CCAUUUUCCAUUAUCCUCACUCACUCACAAACACAUACUCUUCUUCUUCUUCCAAUGGCGCUCACUGCUUCGCUCGCUAACAACGCAUUUCUGAAAAUCCCAACACUCCAUCAUGGCGAAUGCUCACUGUCUUCGUCAUCCUUCAUCGGUUCUCGGCUCACACUCUCGCGCUCUUCUACUCUUCAAGGGAACCAAUUGCUUUCGAGAAAGCAAUUCGUGGUUUUCGCGAGGAAGAUUUCGGGGUUGGAGGAGGCCAUGAAUAUCAGAAGAGAACGUGAAGUUCGAGUUGUGCCAAAGUUUAAGAAAAGGCCUCCAUUAAGGCGUGGGAGAGUAUCACCACAUCUCCCUGUUCCUGACCACAUACCAAGGCCUCCUUAUGUAGGUUCAGAUAUACUUCCAGAAAUUGCAAGUGAGCAUCAAAUUCAUGAUUCUGAAGGUAUAGCUAAAAUGAGGGCUGCAGGUGAGCUUGCAGCGCGUGUCUUAAACUUUGCAGGAACUAUGGUUAGGCCUUCCAUAACAACUAAUGAGAUUGAUAAAGCAGUGCACCAGAUGAUAAUUGAUGCUGGUGCUUAUCCCUCACCCCUUGGCUAUGGUGGAUUUCCGAAAAGCGUGUGCACAUCAGUUAAUGAGUGCAUGUGCCAUGGAAUACCUGAUUCUCGGCAGUUACAGAAUGGUGAUAUUAUUAACAUUGAUGUGACAGUCUACCUGGAUGGAUAUCACGGAGACACGUCAAAGACAUUUUUUUGUGGGGAAGUCAGUGAUGAACUGAAAAAUCUUGUUAAGGUAACUGAAGAAUGCCUGGAGAAGGGAAUAGCUGCGUGCAAGGACGGUGCUCUCUUUAGGAAAAUUGGAAAGAGAAUCAGUGAGCAUGCUGAAAAGUAUGGCUAUGGUGUAGUGGAGCGUUUUGUUGGGCAUGGUGUGGGAACAGUGUUUCAUUCUGAACCAAUUAUUAUACACAAUCGCAAUGAGAAGGCAGGCCGCAUGGUUGAAGGUCAAACAUUUACAAUUGAGCCGAUUCUUUCAAUGGGAAGCAUUGAUUCCAUUACAUGGCCUGACAACUGGACAACACUAACAGCUGAUGGUAGUCCGGCUGCACAGUUUGAGCAUACCAUUUUGAUAACUAAGACUGGAGCCGAAAUUUUGACUACAUGUUGACAUGGUAAUUCUUUGUUUAAUCCACAUUGAUCAUGUUAUGAAAUAUGAAUAUAGUUUGUGUCUAUGUUGUAAAUAUGUGCCCUUAAAUCAAUUUGCUUCUGGAAUAUUAUGCUCUGGCAAGUAAAGAUUGCCUUCAGAAGCUGUAUACCAAAUUCUUUAGUGCAUAGAAUUUUCAUAUAUGAUGGCACCAGAUAUAGAAGACAUAGAUUCAGCAGUACAUGUUUCUAUCAGAGAAUACAAACUGUCAAAAUGAAAGUUGAAUUGGUAGUCUAAUUUAGUUUGCAAGAAUAGCUUGGUUAUUGUUUGUUA